AUGGCGUUUAAUAUUAUACUUUUUUUACAGAACCUAAAUAAUCCCAUGGACGAGAACGAGGUAUAUUUAUUCGAUGACUUUGUCACCAAAGAUAGUAUUUACAUUAUAGACACUAAGUUUGUAGAAAAGGAAAACGAUUGUCGGGCUGACUGUGAAAGCUUAGAUACACAUGCAUCACUUGAUAGUGUUAAAUUGAGUAAUUCUUCUGAAGGCUCCAAAAAUUCGGGACAAUCCCAAGUCAAUAAAGAAAUUAAAGAAGAAAUAGCGAACCAUUGCCUGGAUGAUUUACAUGUUGAAAGCGAAGCACUUAACAUAUUUGGAAAUUGGCCAUCUGAUCCGGUUGUCUCAGAAUGUCGUAUAAAGUGUUUUAAGAGAAGAGUUAUUAAUGAACAGGCAAUCAGUCUUAUUCGAAAAUACAACCAAUUAUUGAACAAGGACGAAGAUCAGAUUCAAUCUAAAAUCAACGAUAGUGCUGAAGAAAGUGACAAUUCUGAUGAUGGAGAGGAAAGUAAAGAUUUCUAUUGUAAUAUUAAGGAAGAAGGAAGGGACGGUGACUUUUCUGAAGAAUAUGAUAAAAAUUCGGCACGCAAUGAAGAUAAAGAUGAGGAUGAAGCCAUGUUUGAGACGAAAAUCGAGGUGGAAUAUCAUGGGGUUCAAUGUAGUGAUAUGAGUGGCAAGGAAGAGCUAUUUAAAUGUGACUUUUGUCUUAAGAAAUUUCAAAGAAAGGGGAGUUUAUUAAAUCAUAAAAAGAAUUUCCACUUAAAAGACGAAUGCAACAAAUGUGAUUACGUAACUGUAAAAAAAUAUUAUUUUAAUAGGCAUUUAAAAAUGCACGAUAAAAAAAAUAAAUUAAAAUGCCAUUUCUGUCCUUACAUGGCAGCCAAAUUAAGGACUUUAAAUUCGCACAUUCUAAGCAAACAUAAACUAGAAAAUGUAGGAGAAAAUAAAAUAAAAAUAUCAAGUAAAAUCCAUGAGUGCUCAAAAUGUUUAUAUGCAUCUGUGAGUAAAACAAAUUAUACGAAUCAUAUUAAAGUUUGUUGGAAAUUAAAAAAUAUCGAAUGGUAUAAGUGUCAAAUUUGCCCCUUUAGAGCUAUUCAAAAAAAUAAAUUAACAAGGCAUAUUAAAACUCAUACUAAAAUAAAAGAUUUGAAAUGUUCUUUCUGUCAUUAUCAAUGUAACGGGAAACAAAAUUUAGACAACCACAUCUUAAGAAAACAUUCGGAUUUAUUAAACGAAAACAAUAAAAAUAUCAUCACUUCCAAAAUACAUUCUUGCAAACAUUGUUAUUUUAAAUCAGCAAUGACAGAUUCAUUUAAAAAGCAUUUAAAAAACCUAAACAAUACCAUGGACGAGAACGAGAUAUAUUUAUUCGAAGACUUUGUCACCGAAGAUAGUAUUUACGUUAUAGACACUAAGGUUGUAGAAAAGGAAAACGAUUGUCGGGCUGACAACAUUUUUAAUAACUUCUUACAAUUUACUGACUUGAAGCAAUAUAACACUGUUUUGAAUUUUAAUGGAGGCAUGUUGGAUUUGUGCAUAUCUGACAAGAAUUGUGCUGUUUCCCGUGAAACCGUUCAAAUGGUGUCAGAAGAUAAAUAUCACCCUUCAAUUUCUAUUAUCCUUAAUGUUUCUUCAAGAAAUUAUUCUAAUUUUCCCUCAAGUAAUAGGAAAAAAUCUUAUAACUUUAAAAAAGCGAAUUUUCCAGAACUAUACGAGGCCAUUUUACGUGAAGAUUGGAACUUCUUAAAUGCUUAUAUAGACCCUAAUAUGGCUUGUGAUGCCUUUUACUCAAAACUCUAUUCCCUAUUUGAUCUAUAUGUACCACCUCGUAAAGCUAGUAAUAAUAAUUACCCCCUGUGGUUUAAUAAGGAUAUUAUAAAGAACAUUAAACUCAAAUCAAAUUAUCAUAAGAAGCAUAGAGAACAAAAUAGCGAAUACUAUCUUAAUCUUUUUAAAAGGACUCGUAGGAUUUUAAAAACACAAAUUGCUUCAGCUUAUCGAAAAUAUAUUAAUAAUAUUGAGGAAAAUUUGACUAACGAUCCCAAAAAAUUCUGGUCUUUUGUUAAUGAAAAGCGAGGUCAAACGCGGAUUCCAGCUAACGUCUUUUGUGGAAACAUGAAAUAUGAGACUCCUCAAGACGUUGUCAAUGGAUUCGCCCACUAUUUCAACAGCGUUUAUACUAAUACCACUCCUGACUUAUCUAACUUACAAAAUUGUAAUCAUGUCCUGGUUUAUCCCUUACUUAUUCUAUUUAAUCUUAUCUUGUCUACGAGUACAUUUCCGGAUGUUUGGAAACUAACCAGAGUGUGUCCAAUAUUAAAAUCAGGUGAUCCCUGUGAUUUAACCAACUAUAGACCAAUAGCUCUGUUGUCAAACUUUGCAAAGGUAUUUGAAUCUUCCGUCUACACAAUUAUUUACAAUAAUAUCAAAAAUAUUAUCUCUUCCCAACAACACGGUUUUAUGAGCAAGCGUUCUACACUGACUAACCUUGCCGAAUUCUCUCAGUUUACCUCCACAUAUCUCGAUUCCAAAUGCCAAGUUGAUGUAGUUUACACGGAUUUUUCAAAGGCCUUUGAUAAGGUUAACCACGGGAUUUUAUUGAAGAAACUGGGGAACUUCGGAUUUAGUCACUCUUUAAUACAGUUAAUCAAAUCUUAUCUUUAUAAUAGAAAAUUAUUUGUUUGCUAUAAUGGAUUCAAUUCAAACUAUUUUGUUGCUACUUCUGGAGUUCCUCAAGGAUCCAACUUAGGACCUCUUUUGUUUAAUAUUUUUAUUAAUGACUUAUCUUUAGCUCUGUCUUGUCAACACUUACUUUUUGCUGAUGACUUAAAACUUUUUCAUAAAAUAUCCAGUACACAAGAUAGUUUUUACCUUCAAGAGCAAUUGGACACAGUAGCUAAUUGGUUCAAUUUAAAUGAGCUGUCACUUAACAUUAACAAGUGCAAAAUUUGUACUUUUACCCUUAAAGCUUUGCCUAUUGUCUUUGAUUAUUUUAUUAAUAACUCUAUCCUUUCUCGCACUGAUACAAUCAAGGACCUAGGUGUCGUUUUUGACAGUAAACUUUCAUUUAACGCUCAUAUUCAAAGUAUAUCCUCUUCCACUCUUAAACUUCUGGGUUUCAUAAAUCGUAACACAUCUACUUUUAAAAAUAUCACAGCUCUGAACGCACUAUAUUGCCAACUUAUUCGUUCUAGACUAGAAUACUGCUCCAUCAUUUGGUACCCAUGCUAUCAAUCUCAAAUAAAUAUACUUGAAAAUAUUCAAAGACGUUACCUCAAGCUGAUUUCCUAUCCUGUAAAACCUCAGAUACAUGUAUCCAUUGAUAGUGUUAAAUUGAGUAAUUCUUCUGGAUCCAGAAAUUCCGGACAAUCUCAAAGCAAUAAAAAAAUUAAAGAAGAAAUAGAGCAUUGCCUAGAUGAUUUACCUGUUGAAAGCGAAUCUAAAAUCAACGAUAGUGCUGAAGAAAGUGACAAUUCUGAUGUUGGAGAUGAAAGUGAAGAUUUCUAUUGCAAUAUUAAGGAAGAAGGGACGACGGAAAUCGAGGUUGAAUAUCAUGGGGUUCAAUGUAGUAAUAUAGGUGGCAAGGAAAAGUUUUUUAAAUGUGACUUUUCUCUUAAAAAAAAUCAAACAAAGUGGACUUUAUUAAAACAUAUAAAGAAUUUCCAUUUAAAAGACAAAACGGAACAAUUUAAAUGCAACAAAUGUGAUUACGUAACUGUGCCAUUUUGGCAUUCACUAAUUUUAACUUCAACUAGCCCGAAACUACCAAUUCCAUGCUUAAAACCACCUAAACAAGUCAAAAAGGCAAUUUCAUGCUUGGAAACACCGUGGGUUUUGCGUGGAAACACUGUGGGUUUUGCGUGUUUUCACUGUGGGUGUGGAAUCACCGUGGUUACACGCCUGUACAAAUGGAACAAACCGUGUUUCAACCGUGAUUCAAAGACGGCGAGGUCGCGCAAGGCUAACCAGCGCCAGGAUUACGCGCGCGAGUAUUGGUCGCGCGACAGUCUUAGUCGCGCGGGCUUAUCAGCGAGAGGAUUACGCUCUCGAGGAUUACUCGGGCGAGUAUUUGUCGCGGGGGCUUACCAGCGCGAAGAUUAUUCGCACGAGUCUUAUUUGAGGACUGUAUUUACAAUAUGGCUGUAUCAUCCACCACAAAAAGAAAAUGUAAAAUUUAUUAAUUAUUUUAAUAACUAUCUAGACCAAGUUAGUACGCAUGAGGGUAUCAAUAUUAUUGUCGGUGACUUUAAUUAUGAUCUAACAAAAUACUCUUUUUAUGGUGAUAAAAUAUUAAGAAAUAUAUUUUCUAAUGGUUUCACACAAAUUGUUGAUACCCCCACGCGUAUUACAAAUGUCAGUAGUACACUUAUUGAUUACAUUAUAACUAAUAAUAAGAAUUUAUCAUUCAAAGUUCAUUUAUCGCCCAAAAUAAGUGAUCAUUGCUUAAUAUCAGUUCAACUUGAACAAAAAACGCACGAGUCCAUUACUACUGUCAAUCGCAGAUCAAUGAGAAAUUAUAACACCAACAAUCUACAAGACUACUUACUCGACAUCGAAUGGAACAAUAGCUCAAGUGAUGUAAAUAUUCUAGCAAAUAAUUUUAUUAACGACAUCAGCAGGGUUUUUAACGAGAAGUGUCCUAAAAGAACUAUUUCUUUUUGUAAUAAAUAUGAAAAUAAAAAAUGGAUCACACCUCAAAUUAAACAACAAAUGCAAGAAAGGGACAGUUUAUAUGUUAGAGCAGUACAAGAAAAAAACAAUGUUAUUUGGUCUGAAUACAAAAGAUUGCGAAAUUGCAUUGUAAGUUCAAUUAAAUGUGAAAAAGACAAAUUCUUUAAACAAACUAUUUAUGAUAAUAAAAAUAAUUCUUGUAAAAUGUGGAAAAAUUUAAAACUUUUGCUACCUGAAAAAAUAAGCUCGUCACCUGCGGAAAUAAAUUUUGAAGGCACAGUCAUAAAGAAUGAAUUAGACAUUGCAAAUAAGUUUAAUAAUUAUUUUGUUAAUAGUAUAGUAGACAUUGUAAGUGUUAUCCCAAAACAUCAUGCAGUUGCCAGUAAUGUUGAAUUGUCCCCUGUAUUCCAUGUUUUUGAAAAAUUCCAAAGUGUGUCAAUGACUGAAAUGAAAAAAAUUAUAAAGACUAUGAAAAAUGUUGGUGGUUGUGAAAGUGGAGUGUCAAAAAAAGUCCUUUGUGAUAUUUGUGAUGUUGCGGGAAAUCGUCUGUUGGAUGUUUUAAAUACAUCCCUUUACACCGGAGUAUUUCCAGAAGAAUGGAAGAGAUCCAUAAUUGUCCCAGUACCAAAGGUCCAAAAAACGAUACUUCACAAUCAGUUUAGGCCCAUUAAUACCGUCGAAGUCUACGAAAAGGUUUUGGAACUAGUGGUCAAGAAGCAGUUACAAUAUCAUUGCGACGUAAAUAACAUUUUAGUGUCUAAUCAGUCCGGUUUUCGAUCAAAUCAUUCAUGUGAGUCCGUUGUUGUAAAUAUAUGUGAUACAUUUGUUAAACUGAUUGAUAAGGGUAAAAUAGUGCUGGCUGUGUUUUUAGAUUUAAGGAGAGCAUUCGAAACGGUUGAUAGGGAUAUAUUAAUAAAUAAACUAAACAAAUAUGGCUUAAACGCAACAGUGUUGAAGUGGUUUAAGUCAUACUUAACUAAUAGACAACAAAAAGUCAAAUAUAAAAACGCAACAUCAAAUCCUGUUUUUGUAAAUUAUGGAGUACCGCAAGGUACUGUGUUAGGUCCAUUAUUAUUUUUGUUGUAUGUUAACGAUAUAGUAAAGGUUGUCAAACACUGUCAAAUUGAAUUAUUUGCAGACGACACGAUGGUUUAUGUAAGCGGAACUGAUGUUAAACACAUGGAAAAAAUCCUAAAUCAUGAUCUUGAUUGCAUAUUUAAAUGGCUGUGCAAUAAUAAUUUAAGUAUAAAUACUGAUAAAACCAAAUUUUGCUUGUUUGGAAGAAAAUCAAAAUUAAAUCUUAAUGCCUUAAAUAAUGUCAGUAUUGUGAUAAAUAACAUAAAUAUUAUGCCUGUAAACCAGAUUAAAUACCUGGGUGUUAUAUUUGACAACGAGUUAAAUUUCCAUGCUCACGCAGACUAUAUAUUGCGAAAGUUUUCUAAAAAAGUAAAUUUUAUUUCUAGAAUUGUUAAAAAUAAAAUGUUACCUGAUUAUAUCUGUAAAAAAACACAAUAUUUUAAAGAAGUCCACUCAUAUAACACUAGAAAUUGUAAUGAUUUUAUAUUGACUGAUAAGUGCAACACCAGCCAAAUGCUAAACUCUAUUAUGUAUAAAGGUCUUUUAGAAUUCAAUAAAUUGCCCAAUGAUAUUAAAAACCUAAAUAAUACCAUGGUCGAGAACGAAGUAUAUUUAUUUGAUGACUUUGUCACCGAAGAUAGUAUUUACAUUAUAGAUACUAAGUUUGUAGAAAAGGAAAACGAUUGUCGGGCUGACUGUGAAACCUCAGAUACACAUGUAUCCAUUAAUAGUGAUAAAUUGAGUGAAUUUUCUGAAGGAUCCAGAAAUACCGGACAAUCCCAAGUCAAUAAAGAAAUUAAAGAAGAAAUAGAGAAGCAUUGCCUGGAUGAUUUAUAUGUUGAAAGCGAAUUUAAAAUCAACGAUAGUGCUGAAAAAAUUGACAAUUCUGAUGUUGGAGAUGAAAGUAAACAUUUCUAUUGCAAUAUUAAAGAAGAAGGAAGGGACGGUGACUUUUCUGAAGAAGAUGAUCAAAAUUCGGCACACAAUGAAGAAAAAAAUGAGGAUGAAGCCAUGUUUGAGACGAAAAUCGAGUUGGAAUAUCAUGGGGUUCAAUGUAGUGAUAUGAGUGGCAAGGAAAAGUUAUUUAAAUGUGACUUUUGUCUUAAGAAAUUUCAAAGAAAGGGGAAUUUAUUAAAUCAUAAAAAGAAUUUCCACUUAAAAGACAAACAGGAACAAUUUAAAUGCAACAAAUGUGACUACGUAACUGUAAAAAAACGUUAUUUUAAUAGGCAUUUAAUAAUUCACGAUAAAAAAAAAUAUUUCAAAUGUCAUUUCUGUCCACACAUGGCUGCCGAAUUAAAGACUUUAAAUUCGCACAUUCUAAGCAAACAUAAAAUAGAAAAUGUAGGAGAAAAUAAAAUAAAAAUAACAAGUAAAAUCCAUGAGUGCACUAAAUGUCCAUAUUCAACUCUAAAUAAAACAACUUAUGAGAAUCAUAUUAAAGUUUGUUUGAAAUUGAAAAAUGUCGAAUGGUAUAAGUGUCAAAUUUGCCACUUUAAAACUAUUCGAAAAGGUACUUUAACAAGGCAUAUUAAAACUCAUACUAAAAUAAAAGAUUUGAAAUGUUCUUUUUGUCAUUAUCAAUGUAACAGAAAAGAUAAUUUAGACAACCAUAUUUUAAGAAACCAUUAG